AUGCCACUUACCCACCCGUUGAUCAAGGACGGCUGGUUCAGAGAGGAGAACGAGGAGGCGUUUCCCGGCCAGGCCAUGCGUCUCAGGGUCGCCGAGAUUCUGCACGCGGAAAAGUCCAAGUUCCAGGACGUGCUGGUGUUCAGGUCCACAGACUUCGGCAACGUCCUCGUCCUGGACGGCAUAAUCCAGGUCACCGAGCGCGACGAGUUUGCGUACCAGGAGAUGAUCACGCACGUGCCGCUGUUUGCGCACCCCAACCCGAAGAAGGUGCUGGUUAUCGGCGGCGGAGACGGCGGAGUUCUCAGAGAGGUGCUGAAGCACGAUUGCGUCGAACGGGCCACCCUGGUCGAGAUCGACGAGUCGGUCAUCAACCUGUCGAAAAAGUACCUGCCUAACAUGGCCAAGUCGCUGUCGCACGAGAAAGUGCAGGUGGUUCUGGCAGACGGUUUCGAGUAUCUGAAAAAUACAGCAGCCAGGGACGAAGCGGACAAAUACGACGUCAUUAUCACGGACUCGUCGGACCCAGACGGCCCUGCGGAGGCGUUCUUCCAGAAACAGUACUUCGAGCUGCUCUACAACGCGCUCAACGCCAACGGAAUGGUCAUCUCGAUGGCCGCAGCUGUUCCGGUACUACAACGCGGCGAUCCACAGCGCCAGCUUUGUGCUGCCGAGAUGGGCCGCCGACAGGCUGGGCGGUGUCUAGACGCCAAAUAUAUCGUCGAUCGUCUUGCGCGUCUUUUUGCGCUUCUUCCUGUUUUCGUUCCUCGGCUCCUCGAGGCUUGCGUUGACAACCUCUGCAGGGGCGAUCAGUUCCCCAACUUCUUCCUCCUGCACGGGCUGCGGCUCGGGAUCUGGCUCCGGGACCGGCGCAGAGCGCAUCUGCAGCAGGAUCGCGCGCGUCUUGGCGACAAGACCCAUCAGCGUGAAGCCAAGAGCCAGAUACUGGCCCAGCUCGAUCACGGCGUAGAAUCUGUAGUAGCACGUAGGCAGAAUGCGGUGCAGCAGAUAUUUUAUCACAGCCUGGAGCUGCUGAUUUUUUCGCUGCACCAGCUGCGCCGCCUGCGAGGCGCUCAGCGUGCGCUUGUGGAAUUUGGGGAAAUGCGAUCUCGUGAACUUGAGCGACGACAGCUGUCUCCUGCCCGUGAUCUCCUCGAUAUCGAUGCAAAGCUGCAGCACCGUGCGCAGUCGCCGGUGCAGGAUGCUGAAAUGCUUCCACCACAGCGACGACCGGUGCUGCUUCGAGUCCCUGUGGUACACCAGGUGCGCGAUCUGGUACUCGUUCAGCAGCGCCGCCUCCAUCCAGGCUGA